UUGAUAUAAUAAAAGCUCAAAAGCUAGGCAAAGGCCAUAGCUUGGCCAUACCUUCAUCUCUUGCAUUUCUUGCCUCAUUACCUCAAAUAUUUCCUCCAAAGUCGUAUUCCUUUAGGAUCCACGGUCUCCUUUAGGGGAGGCGUGACUUGUAUAUUUUUUAUUUUUUCCGCAUGGAAAAAACAACCACGCGUAAAAGUAGAUCCCACGCCAAUGCUUUGGAAUUGAAAUGGUCGAAGAAGCAAAAUUUGGGAAUUCACGUGAACGCUUUUCAACUGUCAAGUCAAUUUGCUUUGCAUUUAUUCCAUUCAGCGACAUGUUUUUACUUGACACUAUUUGCUUUGGAAUUCCAAUGCCUUUGGAAUUGAAAUAGUGGAAGAAGCAAACUUUUGGAAUUCAUGUGAACGCUUUUCAACAGUCAAGUCAAUUUGCUUUUCAUUUUCUCUCCAGCAUUAUUUACUCUCCAAAUUGAUUCCUUUCCUAUCUUGCUUCUCCUCAUGGAAGAUGACGGUAUUGUCUUGACUUCCUCUCCAUCAUCAUCUUCAUCUUCUUCUCAAUGGAAAUAUGAUGUUUUCUUAAGCUUUAGUGGUGAAGACACCCGCAAGGGCUUCACAGACCAUCUAUAUUCUUGUUUAAUAGAGAAGGGAUUGAUCACUUUCAGAGAUGACCCAAAGCUUGAGCAAGGCAAAAGCAUCGCACCAGAGCUCCUUAAAGCAAUUGGAGGAUCAUGGUGUUCAAUCAUCGUUUUUUCAAAAACGUAUGCUUUUUCAAGUUGGUGUCUAGAUGAACUUGUUGAGAUUCUUAAACAGAAAAAAGAGAGUGGACAUGAGAUCUAUCCUGUUUUUUAUGAUGUCGAGCCACGUGAGCUACGGAAACAGGAAGGGAGCGUUGAAGAAGCCUUUGCUGAACAUGAAAAAAGAUAUAAUCAAGACAAGACAAGAAGGUGGCGAGAUGCUUUACUUGAAGCAUCUUGUAUCACUGGAUGGGAGUUAAAAGAUAGAUACGAAUCGGAAUUCAUACAAGAUGUCGUUAGAGUGAUAUCAAAAAAGUUAUGUCAAACAUAUCCCAGUGUUCGUAAUGACUUGAUUGGAAUUAAUUCACGUUUGGUUGAGCUGCGUGACAAAAUAUGCUUUAGGAAAGAUGAUGUUCGCAUUGUAGGAAUUUGUGGAAUGGGUGGCAUAGGUAAAACAACUCUUGCAAGAGUUGUUUAUAACCAGAUGUCUGGUUAUUUUGAAGGUAAAUGCUUUCUUGCUGAUGUUCGAGAAGUUGCAAUGAAAUCCGGACUUCUUUCUUUACAAAAACAACUUCUUUCUUUGCUAUUACCUGGACAAGAUUUCCAAUUUUUUAGUGUUGAGGACGGAAUUGAAAUUAUAAGACGUAGGCUACGUCAUAAAAUGGUUCUCGUUGUUAUUGAUGAUGCGGAUAACAUGCAACACUUCAAAUGCUUGGUUGAAAAGCGUGAUUGGUUUGGUUUAGGGAGCAGAAUCAUCAUAACAUCUAGAGAUGAGCAUCUGUUGUUGCACUCCUACGAAGUUGAUGAUGUAUAUAAGCCUACAACAUUGGAUGACUCCGAAGCCCUACAGCUUUUGAGUUUGAAAGCUUUCAAAAGUGAUAGACCGAAAGAUGAUUUCAUAUCGCUUUCCGAAAGCGUUGUGGAAUAUGCUAGUGGCCUUCCAUUAGCUCUUGAAGUUUUGGGCUCUUUUCUUUGUGGUAGAGGUGCAGCUCAAUGGAGAAGUGCCAUAGAUAGACUUAAAAGUGAACCUAACAAUAGAAUUCUCAAUUGUCUUCAAAUAAGCUUUGAUGGAUUAACGGAUACAGAGAAGAAUAUAUUUCUAGAUAUUGCACAUUUCUUUAAGGGGCGCGACAGAGAUUUUGUAAAAAAAAUACUGGAUGGUUGUGGGUAUUAUCCAGAUAUUGGAUUAGAUGUUCUCAUAGAGAGAUCUCUCGUAAUAGUUAAAUACAACAAAAUUUGGAUGCAUGAUUUGCUACAAGAGAUGGGAAGAAAUAUUGUUCGACAAAAGUCUCUUGAUGAACCUGGCAAACGAUGUAGAUUGUCGGAGGACAGUGAUGUAUAUCAAGUGCUAACACAAAACUCGGGUACAGAAGCGAUUGAAGGCAUGGUCAUCAACAACACUAUAGGGGUGUACAAGACUUUCACUUUGAGGGCUGAUGCCUUCUUGAAGAUGAGAAAACUAAGAUUGCUCAUGGUUCAUGGUCUCCUAAAAGCUUGUGAUCACAUAUAUCUUUCUAAUGAGUUACGGCUUUUUGAGUGGCUUGGAUGUCCUUUAAAAUCAUUGCCUUGGGACUUCCAACCAGACAACCUUGUUGCGCUUCUCCUACCUAAUAGUUGCAUUAAACAACUAUGGAACGGAGACAGACAUUUAAAUAAACUGAAAUUCCUUGACCUCCAAGGCUCCCGAAAGCUGAUCAGGACACCAGACUUCACAACGACCGAAAAUCUGGAAAGUUUGAAUUUAACAGGUUGUACCAACUUAGUACAUGUUCAUCCAUCCAUCGCAUUUCUACCCAAGCUUAAACUUUUGAAUUUUAGAAACUGCAUAAGCCUUCGGAGUCUCCCAACCAAAAUUAGAAUGCAAUCCCUUGAAACAUUUAUUCUUUCAGGCUGCUCAAAUCUUCGAAGGUUUCCAGAAAUUACCGGGGAAAUGGAAUGUUUGCUGGAGCUCUAUUUAGAUGGGACAAGUAUUAAAGAACUUACCUCUUCAUUUGGACAUCUCAGCAAUCUCAAAGUUCUUAAUCUCUCGGGUUGCUCUGAACUUGAAAAUUUACCGGACUUCAGAAUGAUGGAAAAUCUCGAAAGUUUGAAUUUGGAAGGCUGCACCAGCUUAGCACAUGUCCAUCCAUCCAUCGCAUUUUCGCCCAAGCUUAAACUUUUGAAUUUAAGAAACUGCAAAAGCCUUAAGAGUCUCCCAACCAAAAUUGGAAUGGAAUCUCUUGAAAUAUUGAUUCUUUCAGGCUGUAAGAAUCUUCAAAGGUUUCCAGAGAUUACCGGAAAAAUGGAACAUUUGCUAGAGGUCCAUUUAGAUGGCACAAGUAUGGAAGAACUUCCUUCUUCAGUUGGAAAUCUCAGCAGCCUAAAGGUUCUUGAUCUGUCGGGCUGCUCUGUACUUGAAGAUUCACCACCAUCCUUCCUACAGUGGAUAUAUAGGAAGGGAUGCGGAGUACUGCUAUCAAGUUUGAAUCCCAUGCUUCUAAAAAAAAGUCUGAAUUCCAUGGCUCUGAAGUUACCUCGUUUAUCAAGUUUGAGUUCUUUAAGAGAGCUGAAUAUAAGCGACAGGAAUCUUUGUGAAGGGGCUCUUCCUAGUGCUAUAUGUUGCUUAUCCUCAUUGGUCACACUGAUUCUUAAGGAUAACAAUUUCGUCAGCCUACCUACAAAUCUUUGUCAACUUCCCAAGCUUUACCUUCUCGAACUGGGGGGUUGCAAAAAGCUUGAAACAUUGCCUCAGCUUCCAUCAAGUAUAAUCGCAGUAGGGUUAGAUGGUUGUGCUUCAUUGGAAAUAGUUCCAAAUCCAACAAAAGCUUACACUGCAUCGUAUACGAUACAUUAUUAUGGUGUUAACUGCUUCAAAUUGGCUGCGAAUGAUAAUGCAUUAAGAAUGCUAAAAGGACAUCUUAAGGCAGUUGCGAAUGCAAGACAAGAAUUUGACAUUGUUAUACCUGGAAGUGAAAUCUUUGAAUGGUUUAGUCACCAGAGUGAGGAAUGUUCAGUAAUGAUACCCAAUUUGCAAAAUGAUAUUCAGUGGAUGGGAUUUGCCUUGUGCUGUGCUCUUGUGCCUGCCUCUAAUAAUGUUGCUUGGAGGCGGGAGCAAAUUAGUUGUACUAUUAAAAUCCAUUUUGAAGGUUUUACAUGUAGGACACCCACUGCAGGGUAUUAUUUUAAAAGCAAAUCAGGCCAGAUCUCCGAGGACCACCUUUGGCUACGCUAUUUGCAUCGUGACAUUUUGGACAAUAUUUUGAAGCACAAAAGUGGCCAAUAUGAGAUUUUACGAAGCGGAGAUUGGAUACGGAGUUGUAUUGGAAUCGAGAUUUUAUUCGAAACCCUUGGCAUUGGUACCAAGGUGAACAAGUGUGGGGCUCGAUUAGUGUUUCCAAGUGAUUUGGAGGACUUGGACCCAACAAUGGAGCAGCCUAGCAAGAAAAGAAAAAGACACGAUUGAUGGAUCAACAGGUUGAAAAGGUCAUAAAAUUAGGACCGAGGUGAAAUCCUUUGCGGAUAUCGUUUUGAUCCUCUUAUCUUUGCCAUUAGCAUUUCAGCCUAGUUGUGCGCACUUUAACAGCUUUAUGUGAACGUAGUAUUAAUUAAACCUAAGUUGUGUUGUAACGUGCAUUUGAAUAUUUCAUUUUUUGAUAGUUGUUUAUGUUCUUUACUUGAAAAGUCAGAUUCAAAUCCUAUGGUGUGGUUUACAAAGUUUAAAAUUGUGUAUGCUAAGUGAAUAAAAAUGGCACUUCAAUUGUGUUGCUA